CCAGAAGUUUUGAUUCAAAACCUCCAAGAGCUGAGUCAGGUAAGCAAAUUUUGUAAGCUCAGGUUACGCUUCUAACACGUCAGUAUCGGUUACUUUAAUGUGAUUUGAAAAUAAUCAUACGCUUUUAAUUUAUUCUCGACUAUUUUCCGUCAAACAACGUUGGAGGACACCCAAACAAAGAUGUGCUACAGUUUGGUCGCGGUGGCCAUCUUCGUCUUGUGCUUCUACGUCUACAAGUCGUACUACAAAUCGGCGCCGGGUCCGUGGAACCUGCCGAUAGUCGGCGCGUUGCCGCGCCUGGACCCGAAACAGCCCCACGUGACGUUGACGAGAUGGGCGAAGGAAUACGGGCCGGUGUACGGGCUGAAGCUGGGCAGCGUGUACACGGUCGUGAUGACCGAUCCGCGGACGAUACGGAACGUCUUCUGCAAGGACGCGACGACCGGAAGGGCGCCGCUUUAUCUCACGCACGGCAUCAUGAACGGAUAUGGUUUGAUUUGUGCCGAGGGUGAAAGAUGGAAAGACCAACGGAAAUUCAUCCACCACGCCUUAAGACAAUUCGGGGCGUCGAAAAUCGGAAAACGAGACAAAAUGGAACAACUAAUCAUGGAAAAUGCCUUAGAUUUUGUCAAAUUCGUCAAAGAGAAAGGUAAAGAAGUACGUCUUGAUCCUUUGGAAGGCUUAAGACACAGCUUAGGGUCAGUCAUAAACGACAUAGUUUUUGGAAAAUCGUGGAGUCGAGACGACGAAACUUGGAAGUGGUUGCAACAUUUGCAGGAAGAAGGAACGAAACAUAUUGGAGUUGCAGGACCUCUCAAUUUCCUCUCUUUCUUAAUCAAAAUUCCAAUAUACCGCAAAACAAUGGAAUUCUUAAUGGAGGGAAAAUUGGAAACUCAUAAAGUCUAUCAACAAUUGAUCGAUGAGCAAGAGAAAUUCAUGAAAAGUGUCGACUAUGCAUCGAACGAAAACCUAAUCCAGGCAUUCCUGCAAGAGAGACAUAGAAGAAACGGAACCAAUAACGAAUAUUACUGCGACCAGCAGUUCUACCAUUUGUUAGCUGAUGUCUUUGGAGCCGGUUUAGAUACCACCCUAACCACUAUGAGAUGGUACUUGUUGUACAUGGCCACAAAUUCGGAAAUACAAAAAGCUGUCAGAUCUCAAAUCAAUGAAAUGGUACCAAAUAGCAACUUAUCCCUCAACGACUUAUGGAAACUACCAUUGGUCGAGGCGUCCAUUAUGGAGGCUCAAAGAAUCAGAUCGGUAGUACCAGUUGGAAUACCACACGGCUCUUUGGACUAUUUAGAAAUAGGGGGUUACAAGGUACCACCGAACACUAUGUUGAUACCCUUGCAGUGGGCCAUACACAUGAACGAAGACAUUUUCCCCGACCCCGAACGAUUUGACCCCCACAGGUUUUUGGAUGAAGAUGGUAAUUUGUGCAGGAACGAUUAUUUUAUGCCCUUUCAAACAGGCAAACGUAUGUGUAUUGGCGACGAAUUGGCCAGAAUGUUAUUGUUCCUUUUCUGUGCUACGAUUGUUCAAAAUUUUGAGUUGAGCGUUGAAGAUUUGAAGAAGGUCGAUUUAACUGGAGACUGUGGAAUAACUUUGACUCCUAAACCUCAAAAAAUUAUUUUUAAAGAUCUGUACAUGUGAAAGUUUUGAUUUUUACUGAGUAAAUAAUCAUCAAAGUUUAAUUUUUUUAUAAUUUUUUUAUAUGAUAUAUGGAAUUAUAUAUA